GUGUGUACGAAUAUGAAUCGCUUUUAACGAUAUAAAUGGGCAUUGGUGGAGUUUGGUGCAGCAAUAGAGACUAGCAGUGAGUCAGUGUAUUGAGAGCAGUUUCGUAUGGUUUUUCCUGUUGUGGAGGGUUUGAUUUUUUUCUAGGUUCAUUGGAUUGCUCUUCGCGUCUUCCCUUACACCUUCAUCGUUUGGACUUUCACGGCAAAUUGCGACAAACGUUGGUUGUUUGAUUCUUAUGAAUCCAAAUCGCUUUCUCAUUACACCGAAGAAGCAACCGAAAAAGUCUAAGCGAAUUUCGCCUUCGCGUUCUCGAGAAUCGCCGAGUUUGGUAAAGGCUAAGGUUCUCCGUGACCAAUUCAUCAAACGGCAUUCGUACAUCGAUGAGACUAUUGACGAUGAUGAGCCCCAACAAACACCUUUGACGCCCUCGCCUACCAUUGCGAAACGGAAACGUUUAGCGGACGAAGAUGAAAUUGUUGACGAGGGUGAAGAUAAUGAGAGUGACCACGUAACACCGAAGAGCGUUGAUACCUUAAAAGUGUCGCCGAAUAUCAGUUCAAAGCUCGGUGCAGCCGAAACGUCUCCGGCUCCCGCCCGUUCUUCCAAAGUGCAUGUUGUCGUGCCUAUUUCAACGUCGCCAUAUUCAAAGGGAAAGAACGGACGCUCUCCAAAACUGCACCGGAACAUAUUCUUUGAUGAUACGAAGCGCGACUACUCAUUAAAUGAGCUUACGGUUUUGAUAAAAAAGAAGCACUCUGGUCGUGCUCAGCAUCAGUCACCAUCCAUGUUCUCCCUGAACGAAUGUACAGUUUUAGACAGAAUGGAAACUGGUUUGCUAUUGGUGCGGCAUACGGGAACGAAUGUUUUGCACUUACUUACUCAAAAAACGGUUUCUCAAAUUUCUCCAGAGUCGGAGUCUAUCCCCUUGUCCCCUGCACUAUGUUCUGUGCUAUGUGAAGCGGAGCGAGAACAUGAGGAACGGGUGUUUAUUCACUAAACAUUUGAGAAGAUGACGAGAUGUAAUGAAUUACGCAAGUAUAUUUGUUUUCAUUUAAAUGUUGCUACUACACAUAGGUCUUAAUAGAAUAAUGCUCAUUUUGGGAGGAGGUAAUAUAGAUUUUGGCACACAUAAUCAAUUGCAUUGUCACAUGAGAUAGCAACUUCUCAGCUUUUUCUGCAUCGUAC